AUGGAUAACAGUGUGGCUCCGUCAUCUUUUAGGAGUUUGAGUGCAUUAGCUAAUGAUCAAGAGAACUUAAAAAUACGAAGUUCCCAGAGGUGCAUAAGCAGCAAUAAACUGGUGCCUUUUGAUAGCUGUUGUUUUCAUUUUGUUACAGGUAGUGGAGCGACUGCUGUGGUCCAGGCAGCACUGUGCAAACCCAGGCAAGAACGUGUAGCCAUAAAGCGCAUCAACCUGGAAAAAUGCCAGACGAGUAUGGAUGAGCUAUUAAAAGAAAUUCAAGCCAUGAGCCAGUGCAGCCACCCCAACGUAGUGACUUAUUACACUUCCUUUGUGGUCAAAGAUGAACUUUGGCUGGUCAUGAAAUUACUAAGUGGAGGUUCCAUGUUGGAUAUCAUCAAAUACAUUGUCAAUCGAGGAGAGCACAAGAAUGGUGUUCUGGAAGAGGCAAUAAUCGCAACAAUUCUCAAGGAGGUUUUAGAAGGUUUAGACUAUUUGCACAGAAAUGGUCAGAUCCACAGGGAUUUGAAAGCUGGAAAUAUUCUUCUGGGUGAGGAUGGUUCGGUACAAAUAGCAGAUUUUGGGGUCAGUGCAUUCUUAGCAACAGGGGGUGAUGUUACACGGAAUAAAGUUAGAAAAACAUUUGUUGGCACCCCAUGCUGGAUGGCCCCUGAAGUCAUGGAACAGGUGAGAGGCUAUGACUUCAAGGCUGACAUGUGGAGUUUUGGAAUAACUGCCAUUGAAUUAGCCACCGGAGCAGCGCCCUACCACAAAUACCCACCAAUGAAAGUGCUAAUGUUGACUCUGCAAAAUGACCCGCCCACUUUAGAAACUGGAGUAGAGGAUAAAGAAAUGAUGAAAAAAUAUGGCAAGUCCUUCAGAAAGUUACUUUCACUGUGUCUUCAGAAAGACCCUUCCAAAAGGCCUACAGCAGCAGAACUUUUAAAAUGCAAAUUCUUCCAGAAAGCCAAGAAUAGAGAGUACCUGAUUGAGAAGCUGCUGACAAGAACCCCAGAUAUAGCCCAAAGAGCUAAGAAGGUAAGGCGAGUUCCUGGGUCAAGCGGUCACCUCCAUAAAACUGAAGAUGGAGAUUGGGAGUGGAGCGACGACGAGAUGGAUGAGAAGAGCGAGGAAGGGAAGGCAGCUGCCUCUCAAGAGAAGUCACGAAGAGUAAAAGAAGAAAACCCAGAGAUUUCAGUAAACGCUGGUGGCAUCCAUGAGCAAAUACAGUCCCUCUCCGUGCAUGACUCUCAGGGCCAACCCAAUGCUAAUGAAGACUAUAGAGAAGGGCCUUGCGCAGUCAACCUUGUUUUGAGACUAAGAAACUCCAGAAAGGAACUUAAUGACAUACGAUUUGAGUUUACUCCAGGAAGAGAUACAGCAGAUGGUGUGUCUCAGGAGCUCUUCUCUGCUGGCUUGGUUGACGGUCAUGAUGUAGUUAUAGUGGCUGCUAAUUUACAGAAGAUUGUAGAUGACCCCAAAGCUUUAAAAACAUUGACAUUUAAGUUGGCUUCUGGCUGUGAUGGGGCGGAGAUCCCCGAUGAAGUGAAGCUGAUCGGGUUUGCUCAGUUGAGUGUGAGCUGAUGUAUGUCCCUUGCCGUCACCCUCAUCUAUCAUGCCCCGCCUCCGUUCCAGCCCCUUCUUUGGCCCCUCCUCCCCCACCCCCUCACUCCCAAUUCCCAACAAAUAAGAAGAUUGUGAAGAGGCUGGCUUCGACGAAGUGGGAUAAAAAAAUAAUAAUAAUUUUUAAAAAACCUACAGCACUCUGAGUUCUGCUUUAUUCUCCAGCAAUCCACAGUAUGAGAACAGGCAAAUGCUACAGCUGCACAAAACUGUUGCUGAUUUCUUUCCAGGAGGCCAUUUAAUAUUCCUAGCAGUCGAUUUGGCUUGCCCGCCCCUAAGUGAGGAGUCUGAAACACACUCAGGUGGUCCUAUCUCUUGGUAACAAAAGGAGCCUCCUAUCUGAAGCCUUUUCUCCUUCUAUUGUAUUUCUGUUAAAUACUUUAAUUGUACAUCUGACAAUACUGCCUCUUUUAUGUUGUACUUAGAAAUUAAUAUACUUAUACAAUUAAGAUUUAUUAGCCAAACUUGAAUUCUAGUUUUAAAACUGACUGUGAAUUUUAUUUUUCAUAUAUUUAUGCUUUGCACACCUUAGCUAUGAGGGAAAGAAACGGUUUUGAUUCCAUGCUUCUUGCAGUUGAUCUCUUGUUAUUUAAACAAAAUUUUCAGAUCUAUCUUUGGAGUAUUUGUAACUUCUAAUUUUUGAAAUGACUGAAUUAAGAAUUUGGAUGUUUGCUCUUUUGGUUUGUUUGCCUAAAAUCCAGUCCACAAUCCAGUUGUCUCCUGGGAGAGGGAGGUGCCUUGCAAACUUUCAUAUUAUGAAUGUGCCUGAGGCUGCUUUAUUCUGGAAUAGUCUCAGAUCUAAAAUCCGCACUACAUAAGGUGACAUCCUUAACUUCUGCUUCAUCGGACCAUUUAGAAUACUGCGAAGAUGCUGCCGUUCUGUUAGACUGCUCACUGUACCCCUGUCUCUGAUUCGGCUCUCCGGAAGGGUGGCAUUUGUUGUUUUUAAGAUGACAGAUGUGACAGCAUCAGAAUCAGAGUUUUACUUGAAACUCUGCAGAUGCACAGGUGGUAUGAAAAAUAAUAGGAAGGGUUUCGUGCAAUGACAAAAGGUAAAAUUGCUGUAAACGUUCAAGAAUAAAUAUUUCCAACCCAAGAGCCUUCUGCUUGACUAUGUAUUAUGAACCUAGUAAACCUUAGGAUUUUCAAAUUUGGAGUCUAAACCUUCAAGGAGGUGGGCUCCCAGGAUGGUACCAUUGCUCUUUCCUAGCUAACCCUAGAUACGGCAGCUCUUUAAUGUACUUUAAAAGCAAAUAUAUAUUACUAAGGAAAGAAGUUAUUUAUAAUUGCCUUGUCAUAAUUGUUAAGGUGUCCUAGAACCAUUUGCAUACAAUUUAAUGUAAUUCCAUUCCAUUCUAUUGUUUACACAAUUACUCAAAGAUGACUGCAAAGGUAAAAGGAAAAUAAAAGUGUAUUGCACAGUGCA